GCUGCUCAUGCCUCUCAUCGAGCGGAUGAAGAGGCGGCGGGCUGUGGCAUCAGGGGGCAGCGCAGGCGUCUGCUCAGAGCCGGACUCUGCACGCAGGAAGAAUGUCGAGGAAUGGCCAGCGACAGAACCUGGUGGUCAUCAAGGAACUUGAGCUCAUCUUGGACUCCUGCACGCUGGAGCUCACACCUGUGGAUGAAGUCUGGCCCAACUUGUACAUAGGAAAUGUGGCUGUUGCACAGAACAAAAACAGAUUGCAUAAGCUUAGCAUCACUCAUGUUCUGAACGCAGCACACUCCAAGCAGGGCAGCAUCGGUGACCAGAGCUUUUAUGGGAACACCUGUGUUUACUUUGGCAUCCCAGCGGAAGACUCAGACCACUUUGACCUCAGCCAAUACUUUAAAUCUGCUACUGACUUCAUUCAUAAAGGCCUGAAAAGCAAAGAUGGGAAAGUGUUGGUCCACUGCAUCAUGGGUGUGAGUCGAUCAGCCACUUUAGUCCUGGCCUACCUCAUGCUGAGGCAUCGUUUUUCACUAAGAGAUGCUCUGAGACAUGUUGUCAAAAAACGGGCCAUUUAUCCCAACCGGAACUUCCUGACACUCCUCCUGAAGCUGGACGAAGAGCUGACUCAAAAAAGGACGCUGUGCCCUGUUCUCUGACGUCCUCUCCGUUUAAAUCAGUCCUUGGUUUUCUCAUGACCUCAGCAUGUGCUGCACUCCAAUUAAAUCACUUUACGUAGGGGCUGUAAAUAGUGUAAACCGUAGGAAAACAUUUAGAGUCUCUGUUUUAUUUUAUUUUUUUGCACUUCAUGAAUAUGUCGUUGUAAUUUCUAGGUCCCACAGCAUGUUAUAUGUAAUUAUUGUUCAUGUCUGUCAACCCAAAUAUUCUUAUCUGUUUCUAUGUUAAUCACUGAACUCCAAAAUUAAAAGAAACGUAUCACCACACCACGACGCUAAUAACUACUGAUCAAUCUGUGUGCUCUACAUCUCGGACCAAAUAGAUAACACUGGCUUUAUUUAUGAAUUGAACGCCCUUCUUAUGUUAAACUAUUGUUGGUUUCUCAUUUAUUAAGCUGUUUCUUUGUUCUUUGAUGCAGUAAAAUACCUUUUAAUGAAUCCUAACGACAAAAUAAACAAAUAAAAUAGAUUUUACAAUUAA